UUCCUCUGCCGGCUCAUUAUCUCGGUCUCUAAGGUACACUGUCCCUCUCUCUCUGCCGAUCAAACUCCUCCCUCUGCCGGCUCGUUGGGCUCCGAGCUCCCGGCUCCCGGCAGGUUCCUCAUUCCUUCCCGGAUCCGGCGACGGGACCGGGCGGCUCUGCGGACGGGUCGGUCCGAGGGAAGAACCGAACCCGCCGCCGCCUCUGACUGCGGGAUGUCGGGAAGGAGGUGGUUCCAUCGGGAUAUCAGUGGGACGGAUGCCGAGAAGCUCCUGAAGAGCCGGGGGGUCCACGGGAGCUUCCUGGCCCGGCCCAGCAAGCAGAACCCCGGAGACUUCUCCCUCUCCAUCCGGGUCAGUGACCAGGUGACCCACAUCCGCAUCCAGAACACGGGCGACUACUACGACCUGUACGGUGGGGAGAAGUUCGCCACGCUCUCCGAGCUGGUUCAGUACUACACCGAGCAGCAGAACGUGCUCCAGGACAAAGAUGGUACCAUCAUCGAGCUGAAAUAUCCGCUGAACUGCGCCGACCCAACCUUCGAGCGCUGGUACCAUGGCCACCUGUCCGGGACCGCGGCCGAGAACCUGCUGGUGGGCAAGGACAUGCCCUGGAUGUUCCUGGUCCGGGAGAGCCUCAGCAACCCCGGGGACUUCGUGCUCUCUGUGGCCACCGACCUCGCCAAACCGGUGGACGGGGUCAAGAAGCUGAGGGUCACGCACAUCAAGAUCAUUUGUCAGGUGAGGCUGCUUCAGCAGGUCGAGCUUCUGGGAUCAUUAGAGAGCUCCCUCGGUAGAUUACAUCAACCGGGAGCCCCUGCUCGAUCCUCAACGUGGGCACCACGUGCCCCCUGGGUGCAGGGUUUAGCGCUGAGCUCCCUCGAUAGAUUACAUCGACCGGGAACCCCUGCUCGAUCCUCAGCGUGGGCACCACGUGCCCCCUGGGUGCAGGGUUUAGCACCGAGCUCCCUUGUUAUAUUACAUCAACCAAGAGCCCCUGCCCGAUCCUCAGCUUGGGCACCACGUGCCCCCCCCCACCGGGUGCAGGGUUUAGCACCGAGCUCCCUCGAUAGAUUACAUCGACCGGGAGCCCCUGCUCGAUCCUCAGCGUGGGCACCACAUGCCCCCCCCCACCGGGUGCAGGGUUUAGCGCUGAGCUCCCUCGGUAGAUUACAUCGACCGGGAGCCCCUGCCCGAUCCUCAGUGUGGGCACCACGUGCCCCCUGGGUGCAGGGUUUAGCACCGAGCUCCCUCGGUAGAUUACAUCGACCGGGAGCCCCUGCUCGAUCCUCAGUGUGGGCACCACAUGCCCCCACCCCCACCGGGUGCAGGGUUUAG